GGUGGGCCGGCGAUCAUGUCAGGGUUUAAAGUGGCGCCGGUGGAUGGGGGGAACGCUUUGGCACUGCCGCCCGGCGAGACAGUCAUAGGAAGAGGGCCCCUGCUGGGAAUUACGGAUAAACGAGUCUCCAGGAAGCACGCUAUUCUGAAAGUGACCGGUGAUCAGCUUUCCAUCAAACCGGUUCACGUAAAUCCUUGUUUUUAUCGGCCAUCCGAACACAGCCAGCUUGUGCCGCUGGACACAGACGAAUGGCACCGCCUGAGCCCCGGUGACAACUUUUCCCUAUUAGUGGACAAAUAUGUCUUCAGGGUUGUUUUCACUCACGCAGAGACGGACGACCUGAAAAGGCGGAACGGUGGAGACUCCGUGCCCAGUCACACAUCCGAGAGGCCCCCCAAGCAGUCUUCACUACCGCAGAUGCCCUCUUCUAGCCACGGCAAGCUUCUGGAAGACGACUCCGUAUCGGAAAGAACAACCGAAACGCCCCAAAAGCUUUCUGCUAGGAUGGCUGAGCCAGAUAAGCCGAGUUCUGCUUCAAGGAAAAGAGUGCUCCCGGCGUGGAUGCUCCAGGGUGAUCUGACGGCUCCAGGCUUGUCACCGUUGGUUCCUGGAAGCGGAAGAAAUGAAGAAAGAAGAAGAAGCCCGGGGAAGAAGCGAAAAACUACCGCAAGGGAAGAUGCUGCCCUUUCGUUAGAGGAUAUACAGGGAGUCGCUACAGAAUCUGCUGCGUCAAAAGUAGAAAAGAAUAAUAGCAAAGUGGUACCUCAAAUACCUAAACGUUUGACGGUGCAGAAUGAAUGCUCAGAGCCCAGCCAAUCAGCACAGCCGUCCGUUGAAAGAGAUGCAAGUGGUAAAAGGGAGACCAAAGAAGACAGUGCCACAUCUGAAGCAGAGAACCAAGGAAUUCCGUCUCAGUCUCUAGUUCACCAGGAUGGGAGCGAAGCGUUUAUACCAGAUCAGACUACCGAAGCAGACAGUUCAGAUUUAACUGAAAGUUCGGAUGUACCGCAGAGCUCUAACGUAACCGAGCACAAGAGGAUCCCUUGCCAGUACGGGAGUCACUGCUACAGGAAGAACCCUGUACACUUCCAGCAGUUCUCUCACCCUGGCGAUGGUGAUUACCAUGACCCCGAGGUUGUAACUGCAGCCGAUAACGAUCAACGACCUGAAUGCCCCUAUGGAACCACUUGCUACAGGAAGAACCCUCAGCACAAGAAAGAAUAUAAGCACACGGCGCCCCCAGAACCGGAAAGAAGGAAGACGAGACCAAAGCCUACCAAAAAAGGUAAGGGCGCU